AAGUCUCUGCCCGCUCGGGGCACCCGCAACAAGUGGCCGCCGCGCCCUCCCCGGGGAAGCCGCGGGCGCGCAGGGGCGCCCGGAGGAGGCGGCGGAGCAGGGGAGCCCCGGCCGCGCGCGCGGCGCAGCGCCCACCGCAGGGGGAUCGGGGCGGGCGGAUGGGGACCCGGCGGCGGCGGCGCGGUGAGCCUCUGGGCGGCCCCGGGGCGCGGGCUCUCCGCAGCGCUGCGCCCACCGGCCCUGAACGCGGAUUCUAAGAGCGGCGGCUGCCCCUGGCUCCACCCAGACCAAUCGGGGGUGUCAGGAGGGGACCGAUCGCCUCCUCCCACCGGAGUGCAGGGGCCGCCCCCGGCCGGAGAUCGGCCCCGGAGCGUGGGGUAUGCGCAGCUAACGGUCCCGUCGGGCGGGCUUUCCUCUGGCGGAACGCGCAGGCGGUGCGCCCCAGCUAUGGAGUGUCCCGAGAGACGGCGGGCAUGACGGCGGCAGGAUGGGCGCGAACAAUGGCAAACAGUACGGCAGUGAGGGCAAAGGCAGCUCAAGCAUCUCAUCCGACGUGAGUUCAAGUACAGAUCAUACGCCGACCCAAGCCCAGAAGAAUGUGGCUACCAGUGAAGACUCCGACUUGAGCAUGCGCACACUGAGCACGCCCAGCCCUGCCUUGAUAUGUCCUCCGAACCUGCCUGGAUUUCAGAAUGGAAGGGGCUCGUCCACCUCCUCGUCCUCCAUCACAGGGGAGACGGUGGCCAUGGUCCACUCCCCGCCCCCGACCCGCCUCACCCACCCGCUCAUCCGGCUCGCUGCCAGACCCCAGAAAGAGCAGGCCAGCAUAGAGCGGCUCCCGGAUCACUCCAUGGUCCAGAUCUUCUCCUUCCUGCCCACCAACCAGCUGUGCCGCUGCGCCCGCGUGUGCCGCCGCUGGUACAACCUGGCCUGGGACCCGCGGCUCUGGAGGACUAUCCGCCUGACGGGCGAGACCAUCAACGUGGACCGCGCCCUCAAGGUGCUGACCCGCAGACUCUGUCAGGACACACCCAACGUCUGUCUCAUGCUGGAAACCGUAACUGUCAGUGGCUGCAGGCGGCUCACGGACCGAGGGCUUUACACCAUUGCCCAGUGCUGCCCAGAACUGAGGCGACUGGAGGUCUCGGGCUGUUACAAUAUCUCCAACGAGGCCGUCUUUGACGUGGUGUCCCUCUGCCCCAACCUGGAGCACCUGGAUGUGUCAGGGUGCUCCAAAGUGACCUGCAUCAGCUUGACCCGGGAGGCCUCCAUUAAACUGUCCCCCUUGCAUGGCAAACAGAUUUCCAUCCGCUACCUGGACAUGACGGACUGCUUCGUGCUGGAGGACGAGGGCCUGCACACCAUCGCGGCGCACUGCACGCAGCUCAGCCACCUGUACCUGCGGCGCUGCGUCCGCCUCACCGACGAGGGCCUCCGCUACCUGAUGAUCUACUGCACCUCCAUCAAGGAGCUGAGCGUCAGCGACUGCCGCUUCGUCAGCGACUUCGGCCUGCGAGAGAUCGCCAAACUGGAGUCCCGCCUGCGGUACCUCAGUAUCGCCCACUGCGGCCGGGUCACCGACGUGGGCAUCCGCUACGUCGCCAAGUACUGCAGCAAGCUGCGCUACCUCAACGCGAGGGGCUGCGAGGGCAUCACGGACCACGGCGUGGAGUACCUCGCCAAGAACUGCGCGAAACUCAAGUCUCUGGACAUCGGCAAAUGCCCUUUGGUCUCCGACACGGGCCUGGAGUGCCUGGCCCUGAACUGCUUCAACCUCAAGCGGCUCAGCCUCAAGUCCUGCGAGAGCAUCACCGGCCAAGGCUUGCAGAUCGUGGCGGCCAACUGCUUCGACCUCCAGAUGCUGAACGUCCAGGACUGCGAGGUGUCCGUCGAGGCCCUGCGGUUUGUGAAACGCCACUGCAAGCGCUGCGUCAUCGAGCACACCAACCCUGCCUUCUUCUGAAGGGACAGCGUCCAUCCGGCACUGUUUGCGUACAGACGUGAACCCAACGAAAUGUUUUCUAAAAGCAGCCUAUGUAAGCACGGACAUCCACUCAUAACAGCUGUUUCUUCCAGGAAGGUUCUUAGGAACCUGGCUUUUAUUUUUCCUAAUUUCUCAUAGGCAACAGAGGUCAAGGAAAGGAAGGUGGUGACAAGUUUCUAGUCCAGUAAAUGGUUUUUUGGGUCGGGUCGUUUAUAGGCAGUUUCUCUUCUCACAAAAGAUGUACCUCACACAGCUGAUGGCAGUGUCUUCAGAAACGCCCCUUUCUCUCUGUCUCUCUCCUCCUGGCACAUCUCCAGGGUUCUCCACCCGCAUCCCUCCUACCCCACCCCCCACUCUGGCAGCAGCAACAACAAAUCAUCAGAAUAAUAAGACUCUCCAGACCUCCUCCUCUUUAAACUGCUUGAUUGGUCUAAGUCACACUCUUCAAUCCCACACCCAAGCAAAUUCUUGUUAAAUAAAUGCCACAGAACCUGGUAUAUAUAAAGUGCUUCCAAACCUUUUAAACAAUCACUUGAGACAAACAGCAUGGCGGAGGAGCAGACCUGCUUCCUUCCCCCCCACCCCACCCCGGCUCUGCCACUAACUGUCUGUGUGACCUUGGGCAAAGCACUUGAUCUCUCUGCGCUGCAGCUUCCAGCACUGAAUUAGAGGCCAUCCAGCUCAAGGAGUAGCUUCAUGCCCCUUCUGUAAUUGAGGGAACAGAGAUGUCAAUAGACAGAAGCACCUUGGCAUAGAGCACACAAGGCAUCUACCUCUUCCAAGAGGAUUGAUCCUGUGGAUGCUUUCAGGAGAUUCGGAUGUGCCAACAGCAUGUCCUGUAUGUCCUUCCCUCCAGUCUGUCACUCACAUCCCUGUUUGUUUUGGUGGGUGAGUCUCUUAGGCAUCUUCCCUGCCCUACUAGAUGGAUGGUCUCUGUGCCCAAGGGUUCUCAGCAUCACCUCACUCCACACCAUCCACACCAUGGAAUUCCUAAUCCCAGCAAAGCCCACAGCCCCCAGUCAAGUUGAUCUGAGUGUUUUCAAAUAGGAGGAAAGAGCCUCAUGAUUUUUAAUGAACAAGUGAAGCCCAAGAGGACACAUGUCCUCUAAGGUUUUUCUAAUCCUUCUCGUUGCACACGUGGCGUGCAGCAGGCACAUCUGCCCUGCAGCUGGCAGGAACAGAUGCCUCGGUUCUUUGUCAUUCAGAUCACAUUUCUACUUUCCUCAUCUAUUUAUUUCUUUGUGCAUCCAGACUUCAUCACAUGGAGCCUGUUGGGGUUAAGUCAUAGUGUUUGUGCAGAUUGCCACCUUGUGUGCCUUCCCCUGUGACUGUCUGCAUGUUCUCUGUCAAAUAAUGCAGAGCAGACUUCCACGUAUUUAAAUACUGUUCACUCAAAAAUGCCAGACAAAUGGAAGGGGGAAUACACUGAUAAGACUUACGUGCUGGUUCACCAACCAGGCCCUUGGAAUAGAACAUUAAAAUCAUUGCCAAGUAUGAAUUUUAAGUGGUCCUAUUUGGAUAGAAAUCCAUGUGCUAGUCUCAUUCGUGUGAAAUCAGGAUGCCAGAAGAAAUUCCAUUGCUCGUUUUCAUGAAAUUUAGUUGCCUUUUUUAAUAAACACAUAACCGUUCCCAAAUUAUUCUCUGGCCACACUCCUCCUUCAUCACUGUUCAAACAGUUCAUCUAUUUCUUUUUCAAAGGGUCUGCUGUCCAAACCCAGAACCUCUGCAUCUCCAAGCCAAGCAUGUGGAAUUGCCUUCAGAUAAAGCUUACACACCACUCGACAACUGCACUCCCACUGUAGGCUCCCUGUGUUCCUUUGUCUUAUGUUGGGAAGGAGGAGAUAGAGAGAGGUGGUGUCUGCGUGGGAAGUUUCUUUGAUGCAUCACGAAAUAUGGCGUCCUCUCCAGUCAACAUUGUCAACAGCUUAAAUAUGCAAUCAAGGCUAUGUGCCAUGGGGAAAAUGAUUUGUUUGGCUGAAGACAGUAUCUAGUGAUAGUCAUAGAGUUUAGAACUAUGAAAGGGGUUGAAGGUGGCAUUCCCCUGCUCUGUGACCUGUGACCCUGUCUAAAGUUUCAGAAUUUGAGAUUCACAAAGGAUUAUCCCUAACGCUUGGCACUGGGGCCUUCCACAUGAGAUGGUCUAAUACUCCCAGAAUGAGAAGGGAGAUCCAAAAUCGCUCCCUGAAUUAGAGAAAGGGCAUCCCUUUGCGAAUAUCUUCAUCACCACAACCUGACCACAUCACCUAAAACCGUCUUCCAAACAUGAGACAGAGCCAACUUUCACACUGAUUGCCCAGCACAUUCUGUCUUUCCCAGUUUCUUCCUUUCUCCCAGUCUUCUCUUCAUCCAUUCUGCUUCCCCUUGGGGGAUGAAUCUAUAAUAGAGGUGACUGGGGAAACAGCUCAGCAGACUUUUAGAGACCCAGCAAGAGGCCUCACUAGGAAAUUUAUCUAUUUUAAAACAUUGCUUCCUUCCUGCCUCUGCUAAAUUGAAUGCUCAUUGUUUUUUUGAUUCUAAUGUUCAAAUCACUGCGUGCUGUAUGACUCUAGAAAGCCUUAAUUUACUACCACCAAGAAAUAAAGCAAUAUGUUGGUAA